AUGGCCAACGACGGUGAAAGUUCAACGCCAGCCCUCAUGGUAUCGGUAGAUCGCGUCGCGAUGCGCUUACCGGAAUUUUGUGCGUCCGAUCCGGAAAUGUGUUUGUUGGAAAGAAAUUUCGCUGCGGCAGGGAUCACGGCAAACGGCACGAGGUUUGAUUAUGCGGCUGGCGCGCUCCCUCCAAAAUACGCUCUAGAGGUACGGGACGUGCUCCUUAAUCCACCGACUACAGCUCCGUACGACAAACUGAAGAGCGAACUCACACGAAGACUUUCCUCGUCGCAAGAGGAUAAAAUCCGUCGCCUCCUAGAGAGAGAAGAGUUAGGGGACCGUAGACCUUCCCAAUUCCUCCGCCAUUUACGCCAACUUGCGGGACCGACUACGGACGACCAACUUUUAAGGACACUAUGGGUAAGCCGCAUGCCCAGAAAUAUACAAAUGAUCCUGGCCACCCAGAAGAACACUCAGCUCGACGAGGUGGCAGAGUUAGCGGACAGUGUCAUUGAGCAUGCGGCGCCCAACGGCCAGAUCGUACCAGUCCACGCGAGACAGGACGGCGCCGUGGAUUCCCUUGACCAGAAGCUAAACCAAAUUGCCAAAUCGUUGAAACAAGAACUGAUGGAAAUUAUGCGCAACGAAAUCGCGGCCCUACCAGGACAAGCCCCAUUUUCACGAGACACCGGAUAUGAAAAUCGACGACCCAGGUCGCGCUCACGAGCCCGCUCCGUCAGUCGUGGACCAGGGAAGAAAAUUUGUUGGUAUCAUUGGCGUUUCGACACCGACGCCAAAAAAUGCGACCCUCCCUGCUCGUUCCAAGCGGGAAACGAGGGGGGCGAUCGCUAA